CACCUCUAUAUUUGUGUUCUGUGACACCUCUCCUCAAACCCAUUUUUGUUUACAUUCAAAAAUCGGUUAUUUGUGAAAUUUUUAUUAUUAAACAAAAAUCCAUUAGAUUUUAGCCAGAAAACUAGAAAUGGCAGGAAACAGAUCAAUUACAGGCACCCCUAGUGUUUAUUCCCACGUAACUACAAGGAGCAGUGCAAAUUUGAGGAGUGCCAAGAGUUUAAAAUCUUUAAAAAUUCCUUGGUAUCGAAAACCCUUGGUACAAGAUGCUAUAUUCCUGGAUGUACAGAGAGCUUCUAUGAUUGUUGCUAUUUUUUCAUUGGUGUUAUCAAUCUUCACAAUUAUAACAGCAAUUUUUGAUCUAUACUGUUAUGCUAUGGCUGCCCCUGGUAGCACACACUAUGGAUACUACAUUAUAUCAUAUGAGUUUGUUUAUGUUGGGUCAAGACAUGUAAGAAAUGCCUUGGUAAUGUUUGCUGUGUUCUCUGCCCUCUUAUCAGUUGGGGUGUUCAUAACCAGUAUAAUGCUUAUCAUGUCUCUAAGGAAGGAAUAUGAGAAGAAAAUGCUGCCUUGGCUCUAUGUGUUUGCUGUUUUCACGAUAUUUAGGUUUUUAGCAUUCUUAUUCUUUUCCAUAGUAAACGAUAUGAUAUUUGCUUAUAAUGUGCUUAUGUGUUUGAUGUGGGCAUUGUUUCUCAUAUGCUCUCUUUAUGGUUGGGUGUUGGUGUAUUCUUUAUACAUUGAACUCUCUGACUUGACUAAGUUGGAAGACUUGGCACAUUUAAGGAUGGGCACCAUGCAAUCUCUGAAUGCGUCAACAGUCCCGUCUCUAGCGGGCUCCCGGCCUACAACGCCCCACAGCACAGUCUCGACAAUGCCAGUAGGUUCAGUGUAACUACUACUAAGUCAACCGUAACACCCUCUACAGCUCCUUUAGUCACCGGAGAUGACCCUGCUAUUCCAAGUAGUAUCAGUAAAUAUACCAUGUCUAGUUUGAGCGAAGCUCAACAUUCACUGGAGUCUCAGGCUACCACCUCUGAGGUGGAGAGCAGUUUGGGAGGUGGAGAAAGGACCAAAUAUUGAGACUAGAAAUAGUACAAUUUUGGUGUCUUUGCUCCCUUACCUUAAACUUAGACCUAAUAACAGAUAGAUCUAAAAAUUGAUGUUUUUUGGGUAAUACUUAUUAGAAUGUACAUAAUUGUUGUUUUAUUAAGUGUUUGUACUGUCUUGUGUGCCUUUACUGUGUGUAACAUUGAUUCUUAUGCAUCAAGUGCACUUUUAGGUAUUAAGGAAACUUAGGUUAGAGAACAAUUACCAUUACUAGUAGUAAAAUAAGAGUUGAGAAUCUAUUUUUAUUUCUCGAAUAUUUUAAAGAGUUUUUUUUUUAACUAGAAGUUUUAUUUUAUGUUUAAGUAGUUUCUAAAAUUGUAAUAUUGUUGGAUUCAGUAUGAUUCUCAUCAAAUGUUUAUGCUUAGAUUAAAAGAAACUUAAUUCGCAACUGAGCCGUCCAAACUCGUUUAUUAGUAUUUAAUGUUUUUAUGAAAUAUACCACUUUAUGUAUUA